AUGCAACUUGUACCUGAUAUAGAGUUCAAGAUUACUUAUACCCGGUCUCCAGAUGGUGAUGGCGUUGGAAACAGCUACAUUGAAGAUAAUGAUGAUGAUAGCAAGAUGGCAGAUCUAUUGUCCUACUUCCAGCAGCAGCUCACGUUUCAGGAGUCUAUGCUCAAACUGUGUCAGCCUGAACUUGAGAGCAGUCAGACUCACAUAUCAGUGCUGCCAAUGGAGGUCCUGAUGUACAUCUUCCGAUGGGUGGUGUCUAGUGAUUUGGAUCUCAGAUCCUUAGAGCAGUUGUCACAGGUGUGCAGAGGAUUCUAUAUCUGUGCCAGAGACCCUGAAAUAUGGCGUUUGGCCUGCUUGAAAGUUUGGGGCAGAAGCUGUAUUAAACUUGUUCCAUACACAUCCUGGAGAGAGAUGUUUCUAGAAAGGCCCCGUGUUCGGUUUGAUGGAGUGUAUAUCAGUAAAACCACAUAUAUUCGUCAAGGGGAACAGUCUCUUGAUGGUUUCUAUAGAGCCUGGCACCAAGUGGAAUAUUACAGGUACAUAAGGUUCUUUCCUGAUGGCCAUGUGAUGAUGUUGACAACCCCCGAGGAGCCUCAGUCCAUUGUUCCUCGUUUAAGGACUCGGAAUACCAGAACUGAUGCAGUUCUACUGGGCCAUUAUCGCUUGUCACAAGAUACAGACAAUCAGACCAAAGUAUUUGCUGUGAUAACUAAGAAAAAAGAAGAAAAACCACUUGACUAUAAAUACAGAUAUUUUCGCCGUGUCUCUGUCCAAGAAGCAGAUCAGAGUUUUCAUGUAGGACUACAGCUGUGUUCCAGUGGCCACCAGAGGUUCAACAAACUCAUCUGGAUACAUCAUUCUUGUCACGUUACGUACAAGUCAACCGGUGAGACUGCAGUCACUGCUUUUGAGAUUGACAAGAUGUACACCCCCUUGUUCUUUGGCCGAGUGAGGAGCUACACUGCUUUCUCCGAGAGACCUCUGGAGAGCCUCGCACCCAGUCCUCUGUCAGUGUUGCAUGAAUGA